GGUGCGGGUGUCUCCCUGUGAGAAGUGGCGCGGCGGUGGUGCGAGGCGGUGAGAAGGCGAGCGCGAGGGCCGUGUCGCUGAGCCGCCGGUGCCUCGCAGCGCCUCGCAGCGCUUCGCAUCGACGCUUCGCAGCUCGGCGCAACCCGACGACCGUUGUCGUGCGUUUGGACCGGCGACGAGCUUGCGGACGCGGCCGACUCAAAACAAACCCGGCGACGACCUCCCGACCGAGCAACCGCCAACCAGCUAACCAGCCAACCAGCCAACCGACCCGCCGCCAUGAAGUACCUGAGCAUCCUGCUGCAGCGUAACGAUCUCAGCGUGCCGUGGGGCUUCGAGAUCGCCGGAGGCUGUGACGCCGGCUUUCCGGUCACAGUCUGCAAGGUCAUACCUGGCACACUGGGAAAGCAGCAUCUCGAUCUGGGUGACAUGAUCCUGGAAAUCGACGGCCUGAAGUCCGAUGACCUUCCUGAGCUCAAGGUCAUCGAACUGAUCGAGACCUCCGGCAACAGACUGGAGCUGCUGGUCGCUAAACCAAGUUCCUCGGAGCGAGAAGAGAAUAUGGCAUUGUUACAGCAGCAGACAUCCGCCCAGACAUCCGCCCAGACAUCCGCCCAGACAUCCAACCAGACGAACGGCACUGUAAACGGAAUUGUUAACGGGAGUGUUAACGGCGCUGUUAACGGCGCUGUGAACGGAGCUGUGAACGGCGCUGUGCACAGCGCUGUUUACGGGAGUGUUAACGGAGGCGUGCCGCCUCCGCCUCCGCCGCCGCCACCGCCGGGGAGUCUCUUGCACGGUCAGAAGAUACCCUCUGAGGUGUCGCUGCGAUCGACUGAACCGCCUUCCGCCAUUCAGAACGCCAUGGCUACGAAGGACAAGAAGCCUUUCACCUAUCUUCCAGCGGGGGGCAUUGACCUUUCGGAAAUACGCAGUCCCAACAUGCAGAAGCGCAUUAUGAGCAACGCACGCAGCGACGGCAUCCAAGGUCAGGGUCAAGGUCAGGGCGGCGCGGCGCAGCCCGUGUCGCCGUCUGCGAUGCCGCCUGCCGCGCAGGCGCAGUGCCUGCCGAAGGCGCAGAUCCAGGUGCUGCCGCAGGCGCCCACCGAGGCGCCGAGACCGCCUGCGCCUGCCGCGUCCACCUGGGCGCAGAACCUGGCGCGUCAGCGCAGCGCCGGCUCGCCGCUUGCCGAGCAGGCGGCCCCGCCGUUCCAGCGCUUCGCGAAGCAGGAGGCGCCGGCUGCGCAGCACUUCGCGAAGCAGGAGGCGCCGGUCACGCAGCGCUUCGCGAAGCAGGAGGCACCGGCCGCGCAGCACUUCGCGAAGCAGGAGGCUCCGGCCACGCAGCGCUUCGUGAAGCAGGAGGCACCAGUCACGCAACAAUUUCCGAAGCAGGACGCGCCGGCCAUGCAGCGCUUCGCGAAGCAGCCCGCGCCGCCGCCGACGCAGCCGCGUCCGGUUGCGCAGGCGAUGCCACUGUCGCAGCGGUUUGCGGAAAAGGUGGCGCCACCGUCGACGCAGCGCGUCUCCCCGCCGCGUUCGGCACCGCCCGCGGCGGCCUCGGCCAGCAUAGCGGCCCAUCCGCCCUGGCGGGUCACGCGCAAACAGUCGGCUCCGGCUCCGGCGCAGAAGCCCACGCGGGAGCCGGAUCCAGCCCGCGAGCCGGCUCGGGGCGAGCUUUACAUCCCGCCCGUGUCGAGCCCGCAGCCGGUGGCGGAGGCUCUGGCUUCGCCGCCGGUGCACCUGCGCAACACUCCGCCCUCCUGGCGACCCAGAGCCGAAGCCGCAGAGCCGGCGCCGGCGCGCACGGCGCCCUGGCGCCAGGGAAAGCCGGCGCAGCAGCGGCCUGCCUUCCAGUCGGCGACGCUGCCGGCGCGUGGCCGGCGCGAGCAUGUCAUGUCGGUUCGGCAGGAGGGGGUGCCACCACCGCCCCCGCCGCCGCCGCCGCCGGCGCCGGCACCGCAGCACCAGCAGAUGCCACAGUGGAAGCAGCAGCAGCAGCAGAUACAGCUACAGCGACAACAGCAGCAGCAGCAGCAGCAGCAGCAGCAGCAGCAGCAGCAAGUCCGGCCCCAGCGGCAGCAUAGUCUCGGCUCCCAGAGGACUAUACCGGUGCAGCUGGUGACUGGACCGGACGGGCAGCCUCAGGUCAGCAUUGGCGGCCGGCUCAUCCCCGUCACAGCCGAGGGCGUCCAGCUGCCCGUAGGCCUCUUCAUGCCCGAGCGGGAACAGGGCAGCUUGCGCACCAACUCAAGUGAGCCAACGCAGUCGAAAUCUUUCAGAGUGAUCCAGCAAGUCACCCAGCGGCAGAACAGCCAGCCUUCGCCUGGCGAGCGACCUUGGAGUCGACCCCGCGAGAUACCGACCGACUCGAGCGGCGACCCGAUCCCCUCGAUGCGCAGUGUCCAGCUCUCGGAUGACGACCGUCGCCUCAUGACCGCCUUCAGAGACCAAGUGGACGGGCAUGAUUCGGACGUAGCGCAAGAAAGCCCGCUGUACAGGGGCGGCCACAUACCGUCGCGGCUUUUCAGAAGCCUCGAAUACACUGUUGACGGCGACACAGAGACGUAUCUCCACUCAGAACCGGACCCCAGAUACCGCGGAGCGCAUAUACCCUCAAAAACCUUCCGAAUCCUACAGGCGGCGACUGGCGAAAACGUUGGCGUUUCAGGAGGCACCGCGCCGCCGUCGAGGAUCGGCGGUCCCGGCCAGGGCCGCGCCGUUAUCGUCAACAUGAGGCCCGGCCGGCCAGGUGGAGUUGGCGGCGCCCCCACAUCUUCCGGCCAGCAGGGGGCGCCGGCACCGAUGAAGAAGUACCAGGGCAGUCAGAACCCGUCUCGCAGUUUUAGGGCGCUGCAACAGGUGACCGCGGAUCAGCAGGAUUCGUGAAAGCCGUCCCGAAGCCUAGCCUGCGUUCAGCAGCGAAUCCGGUCCGAACCAGUUUCAUCCGGAUUGCCGCUGUUCUGCGCAGCAGAUAGGCACGUCUACCACAGCGAUGACAGGAACGGCACAGCGACGGCCGACAUCACCGAUUAAUGUGCUGCUGGCUUGUGUUGAAUCACGGUGAUGUCCCAGGUGACGUCACGCGCCCCAGUGACGUCACGCGCGACGCGCAUUGAAAGAGCUGUGAGGCGGACAGACAUCACGAGAUUCCCGGGUGAUGCGCGCGUGACGUGCCAGCGUGUGUGAGCGUGCCUCCACAGUCGCGCGGAUUUAACCCAGCUGCGAAGGACAAGGGCGGAGGCGGCUCUCCUGCCGUUUCUCCGCUGUGAAGAGCUGGGCGUAAGCUGUGCGUGACGUCACGGUGAUUAGGCGUGAUCAGCUGCCGUGUGCGGUGCUUGAAGAGCGGCCGGGAUGCAGUCAGCAGCUUUCGUCAGCAAGAUGAUCCUCUGAGCAACCACUGUGCUAUUGAGAUGUCCUUCGCCUUUGCCGGUGCGUCUUUCGCCGUUGUGUUUGCGUGGUAGUUGUUAACAGCCAGGCACAGGAUGUGCAUGUGUUGCAAUUGGCCAAAACGGUCAGCCAAUUUAUCGCUAAGUUAAUGUACAGGAACCAUCUUGCGCCAGUGGCCGAUCACGGGUCACGUAUGGUCACACUGAGGAAUGUUAUCAAUGCUCCUACGAUGAGAUUUUCACUUACUGGGAAGUUCUUGUCCGGGCACGAGGAUGCUCUCCUCGCAGGACCCAGGUCAGACGUCUGCUAAGUACUAACCGAAGCUCAAUAAAUGGAUAAAACGCGA